CAACAACAAAUCAACAAAACGGAAUCAAAGUCAAACAAACACAAGCACAGCGACAGACAGACGCGAAGGAAGCUUGAAAAGAGAGGAAAAAGCGGAAAAGUGUCGAAAGAGGCGAGGGGAGAAUCAAAGUUUGCUUGGCUGGAGUUACGCUCAUCAAUUUCUAUCUAAAUGUGGCGCUGAGUCGAAGGUUUGUUUUUGGAUAAAAGGAAACGCGCCGUUUCGAGGUCCUGGCAGAAGUGCAGCUGGUCUUGCCCAGGCCAAGUAUUUAAAACACAAACCGGAAACGGAAAACGGACCAUGUGAUCCUACAAUAAAUGCAAUUGUAUAUAAAAAAAAAAACACAAACACAAGCACACACACACACAUACACACGUCCGUUUGGAGGACAAACGAUAAGUUAGUGCCAGUAUUAUAAUAUGUCCCGAAACCUUUGAGCCAAGGAAGAAAGGAGAGAGUAAGCUGAGAGACAGAUCUAGAUCUGGAUUUGAGAUAUAUAUAAAUAUAUAUAUAUAUAUCGCAUGUGCAGGGCAAAGGAAGUGGUAGCGUCAGCGGCAACGGCAACGGAAACGGAAACAGUAACGGAAGCGUUAAAGGAAACGGAAACGGAAACGGAAGUGGCUAACAUAGCAUCAUCCAGUGAGCAAUAAUGACCAAGAAGUACGAGUUCGAUUGGAUCAUUCCGGUUCCACCGGAAUUGACCACGGGCUGUGUGUUCGAUCGGUGGUUUGAGAACGAGAAGGAAACCAAAGAGAAUGACUUUGAGCGCGAUGCCCUUUUCAAGGUCGAUGAAUAUGGAUUUUUCCUUUAUUGGAAAAGCGAGGGUCGGGAUGGCGAUGUCAUUGAGCUGUGUCAAGUGAGCGACAUUCGUGCGGGAGGAACACCAAGGGAUCCAAAGAUACUCGAUAAGGUGACUAAGAAGAAUGGAACCAAUAUACCGGAACUGGAUAAGCGAUCCCUGACGAUCUGCUCGAACACGGACUAUAUCAAUAUAACAUAUCAUCAUGUUAUUUGUCCAGAUGCGGCAACAGCCAAGAGCUGGCAAAAGAACUUGCGUCUCAUCACGCAUAACAAUCGCGCCACAAAUGUGUGCCCGCGCGUCAAUCUGAUGAAACAUUGGAUGAGAUUGAGUUACUGCGUGGAGAAGAGUGGCAAAAUUCCGGUUAAAACGCUGGCAAAAACCUUUGCCUCUGGCAAAACGGAGAAGCUGGUGUAUACGUGCAUCAAGGAUGCUGGUCUCCCAGACGACAAGAACGCCACGAUGACCAAGGAGCAGUUUACUUUUGACAAGUUCUAUGCCCUGUACCACAAGGUCUGUCCCCGCAAUGAUAUCGAGGAGCUAUUCACCUCCAUUACCAAGGGCAAGCAGGACUUCAUAAGUUUGGAGCAAUUUAUUCAGUUUAUGAACGACAAACAGCGCGAUCCCCGGAUGAACGAGAUCCUGUAUCCUCUCUAUGAAGAAAAACGCUGCACGGAGAUCAUCAAUGACUAUGAGCUGGAAGAGGAAAAGAAGAAAAAUGUGCAAAUGUCGCUGGAUGGAUUCAAACGCUAUCUGAUGUCCGACGAGAAUGCACCGGUGUUCCUGGACCGACUGGACUUCUACAUGGAGAUGGAUCAGCCGCUGGCCCAUUACUAUAUAAACAGCUCGCAUAAUACCUAUCUAUCGGGUCGUCAAAUCGGUGGCAAGAGCUCCGUUGAGAUGUACCGCCAGACACUGUUGGCCGGUUGUCGGUGUGUGGAGUUGGAUUGCUGGAAUGGUAAAGGGGAAGACGAGGAACCGAUCGUUACCCACGGCCAUGCCUACUGCACGGAAAUUCUGUUUAAGGACUGCAUCCAGGCGAUUGCGGACUGCGCCUUCGUGUCGUCAGAGUACCCAGUCAUCCUGUCCUUCGAGAACCACUGCAACCGUGCCCAGCAAUACAAGUUGGCCAAAUACUGUGAUGACUUCUUUGGCGAUCUGUUGCUAAAGGAGCCGCUUUCAGAUCACCCGCUGGAUCCGGGACUACCGCUGCCGCCGCCCUGCAAGCUAAAGCGAAAGAUUCUCAUUAAGAAUAAGCGAAUGAAACCGGAAGUGGAAAAGGUCGAACUGGAAUUAUGGCUGAAAGGCGAGCUGAAGACAGAUGAUGAUCCGGAGGAGGAUGCCAGUGCAGGCAAACCGCCAGAGGCUGCUGCCGCACCAGCUCCUGCCCCGGAAGCAGCUGCCGCCGCUGAAGGUGCCGCCGAAGGCGGUGGUGGAGCGGAAGCUGAGGCAGCUGCCGCCAACUAUAGUGGCUCCACCACCAAUGUGCAUCCGUGGCUCUCAUCCAUGGUCAAUUACGCGCAGCCCAUCAAGUUCCAGGGCUUCGACAAGGCAAUUGAAAAGAACAUUGCCCAUAACAUGUCCUCGUUUGCGGAAUCGGCGGGCAUGAACUAUUUGAAGCAGAGCUCCAUCGACUUUGUCAAUUACAACAAGCGUCAGAUGUCGCGAAUCUAUCCCAAGGGCACCAGGGCGGACUCCUCGAACUACAUGCCGCAGGUAUUCUGGAAUGCCGGCUGUCAGAUGGUCUCCCUUAACUUCCAGAGCUCUGAUCUGCCCAUGCAACUUAACCAGGGCAAGUUCGAGUAUAACGGUGGCUGUGGUUAUUUACUGAAACCCGAUUUUAUGCGUCGUGCCGACAAGGAUUUCGAUCCAUUUGCCGAUGCGCCGGUGGAUGGUGUGAUUGCGGCUCAGUGUUCCGUUAAGGUUAUAGCCGGUCAAUUCUUGUCCGAUAAGAAAGUUGGCACCUAUGUGGAGGUGGACAUGUUUGGAUUGCCAUCGGACACGGUGAAGAAAGAGUUCCGUACCCGUUUGGUGGCCAACAAUGGUCUAAAUCCGGUUUACAAUGAGGAUCCCUUUGUGUUCCGCAAAGUGGUGCUGCCCGACUUGGCUGUGCUGAGAUUCGGCGUUUAUGAGGAGAGCGGAAAGAUCCUGGGACAGCGAAUUUUGCCGCUGGAUGGCCUGCAGGCUGGCUAUCGUCACGUAUCCCUGCGCACGGAGGCCAACUUCCCAAUGUCGUUGCCCAUGUUGUUUGUGAAUAUCGAGCUAAAGAUCUAUGUACCUGAUGGCUUUGAGGAUUUCAUGGCCAUGUUGUCGGAUCCGCGAGGAUUUGCCGGAGCCGCCAAGCAGCAAAAUGAGCAAAUGAAGGCACUGGGCAUCGAAGAGCAGAGCGGCGGUGCCGCUCGUGAUGCUGGCAAGGCGAAGGAGGAGGGAGAAAAAGAGCCACCACUUGUCUUUGAGCCUGUCACGCUGGAGUCGUUGCGCCAGGAGAAGGGCUUCCAGAAGGUGGGCAAGAAGCAGAUCAAGGAACUCGAUACGCUCCGUAAAAAGCAUGCCAAGGAGCGCACGUCGGUGCAAAAGACCCAGAAUGCGGCCAUCGACAAGUUGAUCAAGGGCAAGAGCAAAGAUGACAUUCGCAACGAUGCUAACAUCAAGAAUUCGAUCAAUGACCAGACCAAACAGUGGACCGAUAUGAUCGCCCGCCAUCGCAAGGAGGAGUGGGAUAUGCUGCGACAACAUGUCCAGGACUCGCAGGAUGCCAUGAAGGCGCUAAUGUUGACCGUACAGGCGGCGCAGAUCAAGCAGCUGGAGGAUCGACAUGCCAGAGACAUCAAGGAUCUGAAUGCCAAGCAGGCAAAGAUGUCGGCCGACACGGCCAAGGAGGUCCAAAACGACAAAACGCUGAAGACCAAGAACGAGAAGGAUCGUCGUCUGCGCGAGAAGCGUCAGAACAAUGUUAAGCGUUUCAUGGAGGAGAAGAAGCAAAUCGGCGUUAAGCAGGGCCGCGCAAUGGAGAAACUGAAACUGGCGCAUUCGAAGCAGGUCGAGGAAUUCAGUACUGAUGUGCAAAAGCUUAUGGACAUGUACAAAAUCGAGGAGGAGGCCUAUAAGACGCAAGGAAAGACGGAGUUUUAUGCCUAAGACUCCCAGGUCAAAGGUCGAAAGAGGAAGAGCACCGCGAUACCAAAUUAAAAAAAGUUUAACUAAAACUAAAACUAAAAACUAGGAGAAAACAUUAAAAAAGAAAUGCUGAUCAAGAUGAAGAUGCUAACAUAUAUACUUCUUUAUAAACUGUAUUUACACACUCAUCACUCCAAAACACACACACACACACCAUCGCCCAAACAUCUUGAAGGUAUUAACUUUACUUAAAACGGAAAUAUUUAUAAUAUGUUUUAUGCAUGAAGCAUAAGCCAAGCCUAUAUUAACUUAUCAACUAGAAUUCAAAAAACUGGAAAGUCAACACUUUGUGCUUUAUAUUUAUUUAAGAAUUCUGAUGAAGAAGAAAACUAGAAGAAAAGCCACACAUUAAGGUGUGUAUUUUACGGGGACUUUCCCCUCUCGAAUCCAUUGUAAUUUAUUUUGAAAAACCAAGAAAGAAAAAAAACCUAAGAAAAAAAAAAAAAUAUGAACACCAAAAAUCUUGAAAGGUAUUUUGUGCUAACAACACAAUAACAACGGUACACCGAUAAGUUUAGACCAUAUAUAUAUAUAUAUAUAUAUAUAUAUAUAAAAUACAGUGUGUUUCAGGGCCAUAAGGCGGUGAAAGGCACUGUACACACAAUCAUAAAUGUAUACAUAACACCACUCCAAGAACAUCCCUCUGUCCAACCUCCACUCCCACCCCCCAAAUAAUCGUACGUUUCAAGUGAACGACUUACAUGAGUUUCCGAUUCUCCACCUAAUAGCUUAGCCAAUUAACUAACCAGUAAGCCAGUAAACCAUUAACCAAGUUAAGCAAUCCAAGGAGCCCACAAUUAACCACACAGACAGAUCUAUAUAUAUAUAUCUCGGGAUAUAUAGGAUAGAAGAUUGAGAAUGUUUUUUAUUUUUAAAAGCAUUUAUUUUGCCUUACCCAAGGGAAAACCCUUAACUGCUCGAAGAAUAUUCAAAAAGAGAAAGAAACCCAAAACCGCAUACACAGAGUCAUAAACGAAAAGCAAAUAGUUUAUAAAUGAUAAAUGUUAUAAAAACUAAGUAUUAAAUGUGUAAUUCAAACAAUGAAACACCCCUACCGGCAGUUAUAUUUACACACACAAACACACACACAACAAAUAAUAAUAGUUAUUUUUGGGCUGAAAAUACGAAAACUUGAACUUGAAUGUGAAUUUUUCAAUCCGCUCUGUAUAAGUUCCAAAAGCUAAUUUCCAAUUUAAAAACAAAAACAAACCAAAAUGAGAUGGAGAUUUUGCAAUUUUUAUUACCAGAAAAAGUAGCCAAAAAAAAAUAAAUAUAUAUACAUACAUAUAUACACCGAAAGAAAUAAGAAACACAAACAUAAAUAGAUCUAGUGAAUAUUAUACCAAAGUGUAAGAGAAGCAAGCAAGAACUUAAGAUAGUUUCUGUUCGAAUUGUCAAGACCGUUUAUGUUGCACUCAAAAAAUUGCUGUUUGCAUGUAUUGUAGUUGUUGCAAAAAUACCAAAAAAAAAAAAAAAUACCAAGAAAAGAAAAUUUAAAAAAAAAAAAUUAAAACAAUGAAAAACCAAAAAUCUAGAAAAUUAAAUGAAAUUAAGAAGAAGGAAAAAAGAAAAGUAAAAGAGAAAAACCUCCAUCAAACUUAAUUUAACUUUGUAUUUUGAAUUGAAUUUAAACUUGAAUAUGUGCCCUAAAGAUCGAAGAAGAUGGAGAAAAAAAGCGUUUACACUGUGCUAUUAACAAAACGAAAACAUUUAGUUAACUCAUACAAGGUAACUGUACUAAACGAUGUACUAUAUUUAACCUAUGCCUAACGACUAUGUAUUUAGAGAAUUGAUCAAGUUUUAUGAAUGUGAUAAGCCGGUUACAUUUUAUUACACGAAAGCGAAGAAAACCAAAUCCCAACUAUUUUUAAACCCCAAAUACUUUCGCCUUAACCAACACUGUUUUGUAUUUUAUUGUAUUGUUUUUUUUUUUUUUUCUAAGGGCACGAGUUGAUGUUAAAAUGAAGAAGAAAAACAAACGAAUGCGAAGCUUUGUAUGAUAUGUAAUAUAAUGUGCCAAUCCCAAUGUUAACCAAAAAAAAAAAAAUGAAAAGAAAAUGAGGAAGAAAAUGAUGAACCAUCAUCGUCUAAAUAGAAAUCACAACUAAUUUAUUUACUCGCAUGUAUAAUGUAUACAUUAGAUAGAGGCCUAGCCUCUUAGUCAAAAAAAAGAAAGCCCUUAAUUCCGGCACACCCAGAUAUAAUAUUGGCGCGGGUACAAACUUCAAGAACUGGAGAUUUUAGGUGUAUUUCCUUUUAGAGAGGUCCUCUAGCAUUUGUUGCUUUUUAAAACCUGUUUUUAGCUUUUUCGAAACCCCCAUCGAAUUAGGGUACUUUUUGUAGCCAAUAGAGGGCUCUUAAAGUGCAGUGUUAUUUAAUUUUAGAACACUUCAGAAUACAGCAUUACACGAGAGGUCAAUUUAGAUAAAUGUUUUACCCCGCCAAUUGCUUGGAUGAUUGUCUAAACUUAGAGAAAGAAAAAAAUGUGUCAAUUUUUUUUGUUUUUUUUUUUAUUGUUUGUCUGUUUUUUGUGUCUGUUUUUUUUUUUAAUCUUUAUAAGUUGUAGCGCUAGAAAGAAACUGUUACAGGAUAUGCAGGACGACGACGACGAGGAUGAUGAUGAUGAUGAUGUAGUAACCCACACACUUGGGGCCACAUUGAUCUAGUUUAUAAAAUUCUGUGAGAGCAAAACCCCAGAUUAUGAUUAUGAAUAGCGAUAGCCAGAGAAAGAGAGAGAAAGUUAACUCGUAAUUGUAUCUACUAUCUACGUAUUUAUUGAUUAUGUUUUUGUUAGAUGAACAAAAGCGACUUGACUUCUGUAUAAAUAUGAUUACGAGAGAACAUAAUGUUAUAUCAAUAGUUUAAAAGAAGUCGCGCGCGAUGAGAUGAUGAUCGAUGAAAUUAACUUAUAUUAAUAAAUGCUGCGUAUGAACUUAUGAUUAUAUACUAUAAACUAUAUAUUAAACUAUUAUUAUUACCAUUAUUAUCCUUAUUAUGAUUAUUCGCCGAUUGCAAUAAAUUCAAUUCCAAAGCGA